AUGUCGCGUGAUGGGCGUACCCAAAAGGGCUCGAUUGGCGGCGGCGGCAGUAGCGCGGGUGGUGGUGGCGCAGGAGGGAUGCACCAUUAUCACCAUCACCACCACCACCCUCACCAUCAUCACCACAAUCACCACAAGUCGCUGGAGAUGGGCGGUGCGGGCAAGAUGGGCGGAAGCAAACAUCACACGAACGUAAUUCACCGGACUACGAGUGAAAGUUUACGCCUCGGCGGAGGCGGUGGUGGUGGCGGCGGCGGCAGCGUAGGCGGCGUCGGCAGUAGUGGCACCGGGAACGGGGAUUCCCUAAUGAAUAGUGUUAGCGGUGGGAUGAUGGGCAGCGCCAGUGGUAAUGGGACGAGCCUGGGAGGUGGCGAAAACUCCGUCAGCAGUUCCUCGGUGAACAGUAUUGGCCGGAAGGGCGGAAACUCCAACGCGACCGGCGGUGGUGGUGGUGGUGCUAGUGGACAGGGGGGUGGUGGUGGUGCUCCGGGGACCGGCGGGAAGACGUCCUCGUUCAUGAUCACCUCCGUGACGGUCGGUGCUAGCCGGAACAGCGCGGACAACGGGGACGAUUCGGCGGACGAUCUGGACGAGUCGCACACCGACGACAACAGCCGGAUAACGGACUUUGAGAACGAAACGCCCAGCUUUUCGGAGGACACGUUCAGCAAGGAGGACGUCUUCUUCGGUACCAACGCGAUCGGCAGCGUGCCGGUAAUUCCGACCAGCUCGCAGUACGGGCUGGCGAUCGUGAACCCGAACGAUCGGGCCCACGGUGGCGAGGUGCUGGCCGAUGCCAUGCACGUCAGCGUCACCGAGGGCGGCAUCAACAUAAUGGGCCACGGCAAGGGCGACAUCGGUGACGGCAAGGAGCUGCACCAUCGGAACGAGCGGUUUAAGGUGGUGAAGAUCGAGAGCACGGAACCGUUCAAGCGGGGCCGCUGGGUGUGCAUGGACUAUCUCGAUCACACGACGCUCCAGCAGCCGGCGAAGGAAAGCGGUGGUGGCGGCGGCCCGAGUAGUCAGGGCGAGGGCGGUGAGGCGGGUGCACCGAACGCUGCCGGUACGACGCAGGACAGUGGUGUCGCCCUGACCGCCGAUAAUCCCGUGGGUACGGCCGGGUACGGCAGCACGACGGCCGAAUCUUCGCUCGAGAAUCCCAACAACGGCACGACGACGACACCGGCCACCAGUGUGGCCACCACGAACCCCUCCACGGUCAACAGUAGCGCAGCCCUGCUCGGGAUGCUGAACAAUGAAUCUCCCGGCCAGAGCCUAAAUCUUCCGCUCGGUGGCGGCAACGGUGGCGCUGGCCAACAGAUGGCGCCGCCACCCCAACCUAGUCAUGUGCCGGGCACCGCCGCCGCAACUACUACUUCUGGUCAGCAGCCGGGUGCCGGCAUACCGCACAGUUUACCUCAGUCACAGCUUCGGAACGCGCUCGCGGGACAGCCCGGGCCCCCGGGCCAACAGCCUCAGCCUCAGCCGGCGGCCACUGCGCAGUACCCGCAGCCGCAGCCAGGGCCACCGCAAGGACAAUCCCAAUACUAUCCGCACACGAUGACGAACCUGGCCGAUCUGAACGUGCAGCAGUCGAAUCAAGCGCCGCACCAGCACCACCAGCACGGUGCCACCCUUCCCAGCAACAUGCAGAUGCACCCGGCGACGGCCGCAGGCGCUCCGCAGCAGCAGCAGCAGCCCGCCGUCAGUGCGAUCUCUUCCAGCAACAUUCUUCCAGCGUCGAUCCCCACAUCACAGGAGAUGAACAUCAUCAUCGGCAACCCCACCAUCCAAUCGAGCUUCCCCUCGCCCCACCAGCAGCAGGCGUUCAAGCAGCAGCAGCAGGCCCAGGCGGCCGCCGUCUCCCAAACGAGCUCGCCGGUGGUCGUGGUGCCAUCGUCACUCAUUGACUGUGUGCCCGAGGCCACCAUUCUCUCUCCAUCGGCCACCACUAAUCCCCCGUCGGCAGUAGCCGCCGCCGCCGCAGCCGCAGCCGUCGCCUCCGAUACAGCCGGUUCUGUAUCGGUCGUGGAACCACCGUCGGCCACCUCGUCACCGGUGACAAACGCUUCCUCGCAGAUUAUUCCACAACCGGCCGCCGGUGCAGUAGCCCCAGCAGCAGCACCGGCGGUGCUCGAUCCUUCGGUCGCAUCCUCGUCCUCGGUCAGUCCGGCGGCCACCAGCUCAUCGGCGGCGGCCCCGGCAAACGGCACAGCGGCGACGGCUGCGGUCGGUUCGCCCUCCACCGCCGUUGCCGGUGGUGGUGGUGUGAGCACGAGUUCCUCGUCCACCGUGGUUGGUGCCGAUGAUCCGGAAUCGAAGCUCCUGUCGGCGGUGGCCGGUGUGACCGCGGCCCCCAGCAGCACCAGUAGCAGCGGUGAGGACACCGACAAGGCGGCCACCGAGGAUGGCGAAAGCGUUGCCGGGUUGCCGCCGCAACACCAGCAGCAUCCACCACUCGCCGCCCUCGAGCGAAACAUGUCCUCACGUGCACUACACCAGCACCACCCGCAAACCCCGCCACAGCAGCAGCAGCCGCAGCUGGCGGGUCAGCAACCCGCGGCCCUCCUUUCGAAAGCCUACUCGCUGCCACCGUCCGUGAGCGCGGCGGCCAAGGAGUCACUCCGCAAAGACCUCACACAGCACUUGUUCGAUCAACAGCACCACCCGCUGACACAGCACUCCACUUCACACUCCCCGUUACGCAGCGGCGGCAGCGGCGGUGCCUUCAGUGCCGUGGUCAGCAGCUCUCAGCGCCCGCAGCAGGCACCGCCCGGCAACGGCAUCUACACCGACAUUGCACUCGGCAAGAGCAUACAAAAUCUCAUGAAACCCCCCACACCGACCCUGGCGGCGGCGGUCUCGAACCGGCUCGUGACCGGUGGUUCCUUGCCCCGCUCGUUCGGUUCCCUCGGCACGUGCCGGGAGCUUCCGGAGCACGGUGAACCGUUGGCGGCGAGUCCACCGACGAUCGGUGGUGGCCCUUACUGCCGGGCGGCCACCAAUCUGCUCGGUGGGUUCACCGGAAGCAACAGUGUGAGUGGCUGUACCGUGACCCAUGCGCACCGCUGCGUCCAGGACCUCAUCCGAGAGGAGCUGGGUGGUGGACGGAUGGCGAUGGGCGGUGGCGGUGGCGGUGGGAUGGCCCCACGGCUAGGCAAGGCCGGCAGCAUGAUCAACAUGAUGAGCAUCGACUCGGCGACGGACGUGUUCAGUGGCGGCUCCCAGUCACAUCCGGCGUCGGGGCGCUCGAGUCCCGCGUCCUACCUGUACACCGGUACGCCGAUCGGCAGCCCACCACGGAUCGUGGGAAGUGUCCCCGGUGCCGGCUCCUACCUGUUGGGGCCCGUCUCGUACGGCAGCUCGCCCGGAGCCGGCAGCACCCGCGUCAGUCGCGCACCGUCGCCGUCCUUCCUGCCAACGCACGGCAACAGCAGCACCGCUGGGAACGGCGGGGACCACGCAAGUGCCUCUGGGACGGGCGCGGUUGCCAUCGAUAACAAAAUCGAGCAAGCAAUGGAUCUGGUCAAAUCCCACCUCAUGUUUGCCGUGCGCGAAGAAGUGGAGGUACUGAAAGAGCGAAUAUCGGAACUGAUGGACCGCAUCAACCAGCUCGAGUACGAGAACAACAUUCUCAAAGCGAACGCAUCACAGGAAACCCUAUCCCUGCUGACGACCGGUGGCAACAGUGUCAGUGCCAGCAGUGUGGCGGCCGCCGCCCAGCAGCAGCAGGCGGUGACGGCGGCCGUGGCUGCUGCGGUGGCGGCCACCACCGUUGCGGCGGCCAGCGCCGCCGGCACCAACACCAAGGCGCCCGCCCCGCCACCAUCGGCAAACCCUGCCAACGGUUCCGUUUCCUAAGCCCGAAUGUUCCAGAGCCACUGCAGCCGUUCUUGUUUUUAGACGUACGCAAUGACAGAAAGACUACUAUUAGUACUACUACCACUACUACUACUGCUACUGCUGCUACCCAAUGCAACUACUACUAACCGCGAUUAGCAGCGCAGAGCAUCGAAGCCAAGCACGCACGCGCGGCCGAAACCGCGGGCACAGUAUGUUUGACUUUGCUCGGAUUGCACCGAAGCUACUCGAAACGACUGCUGCUACCACAGAAGCAACGGAAACGGACCCGAACGGAGCAGCUUGCCCGCCGCGAUCUGUUCGUUUCCUCACCUCCCCGAGGAGUUCUGGCCAUGACUAUACGGAUACGCCUCGGACACGCGUUUCGCACUCAUCCGGGGGAUGAGGUGUGUUAGGUGUUAGGGAUGCGCCCUACAUAGCGCUUGCACGCCCACAUCCACCGGUCAAUUCCAAGUCCCGUAGUAUUAACGUGACACCACCAGCAGCGAGCAGCGACACAACAGACCGGUGACUUGCACGAGAGCGAGGUAGAACCCGUUACAUCCGACGCAACAUAAAAUGGACGCGCUCUUCGAGCCUGGCGAAUUGAGUAUUAGUUUAGUAGUAGCAAGCAAGCAAGCGAAUGCCGCCGUCGCCACCAGGGCAUCUCGGCCGGCCACGGAUGCGACGUUUAAAGCAUUACCAAAACGAUAAGGAUAAAAAAUUUCGGAUACUGAUGAGACGGAACGGGCCCGAGUUGGGAACGCGUGAGCAUGCGCGAACAGAAACAAGCAGGAAGCCGCCAACGAACGGAACUGAGAUAAAUUAAAAUGUGAUUUAAUGAUAGGAAGAGCGAAGCACAGCGGGGCACACACACUGGAGUGCAGAAAGAAAAGAAGGUCCUUUAAACCAGAAAAGGGAACACGUAACAAGUAGCCAAGAUAUAUCAUACAUAACCCUCCCCGGUGGUGUGCAAGAGUGUAAGAAUGUUGCAACAGGGCUGCGGCCACUCCAUUAGAAACACACAACCCAGCAGCACAACGGGCCAUGCUUUCAGUUCAGUAGUUUUCCGUCAUCUGUUCACCUUCCCUACGUUUGCGGCCCUUUCGCCAAAAGUCACCUUUCCGUUGUCGCAACCCAGUGUUGUGUUCCGUCUGUUGUUGCUGUGUAAUGAACGCAGGAUUUUCUAUGUUACAUUGGCCACUUUCAGUUUGUUACAAGGAGGAACUAUGGUCGUUGUUUGUUGUGCGAUUUUGUCUCCGUUAGGGCGCGUUGGGUCUUUACCACGCUUUGCUUAGUUGGUAAGAGGUGUGCCACACGGGAUGAUGAGACUGUUGCUGAUGAAUGUGCACCCGCGAAUGUAUGUGUGAGUGUACGUGUGCGGCACUGGAAGGUCGAGUGCAACCAUACGAAAAGCAGGACUUUGCGAGGUAAACAGAGUAAGGGGUUUGUGCCGUAAAUGCAAGUGAAACACACUAUUAGACAAACGAGCAAGUUUAGCAAAUCAAAUGUGAUCCGUCUGUACAUAAUGAUGAUAACAUAGCGAGAGAUAGCGAGCAGGAGAGAGAAAGAGAGAGCGAAUGUUGGAUAAAAACUUGAGAUUUAACGAUUGGUAGAGUAUGUCCCUUUGGUGGGCGCGUUUAAGGAGCCAGCAGGGUACAGCGUGUGUUGUGUAUGCCCGGGAGUCGAAUGGAUGCGACGGAUGAAAGAAGGCGUGAAUGGAAUUCAUGAACGUGGAGCGCCUGAGCCUAUAUGCCGGGCUCCGCUUACUUACACGCGUUGACUUUUUUUUAUAUGCCACAAGAUACUGAUACAUAGAUCCUGAUUGGUACCAAGUACCAGGAACGUGCGAGAAUGCCUGCGCCUAUCCCCUCCUAGGAAUCAACGGAAAGCCGUUAUCAAAUCACACGCAAUCGUAAGAAUGCAAAAACACUUUAAUAGUCCCGUAGGAAAAUUUAGCCAUUAAACGGUUUCGGUUUGAGUUCGUGCAUCUGCUUCGCCAAUGUCGCCGGACACCUACAGUUCCCUCGUAACUGGGGGCGUACCAGAGAUACGUAGAGAUGAACGAAACACACCACAAGAGCGCACAGAGCGCACGGUGUGCCGCGGGUAACACUCUGAACGCCGACUGAUGAAAAUGUUCUCUGCUUGGAUGUUCUAUAUUUUUUUACCACACAAAAUAUAUUGCCACCAAACCCCCAACAAGAGGAAACACCGGUCCCUGGCUCAUGCACACCGGAGUGUCGCGAACGUGAAACGAAACGAAAAGCAUAAUAACGGAGCAUAAAGUUAUAAUAAAUAAGUCAAAAACACUGAAAACCUAGCAUUAUAUAUUAUCCCUACAACACACAUACUACCCGAACCGCUUCUCACCGGCGCGCUUGGCAUUAGGGGCUAAGAUUACACGUAGGAAAAGGACACAUGGUUUUAAGCGCCGCAAAUCCCAAACCUCCAAUCUGUCUGGGCACCAGGAGAACGUUUUCCCUGUCCCAUGCCCGACCUGAAGUGGGCCACAAAGUUCGAUUAUACUUUUAUUUAUUGCGCCAAGAUGACUCCUACGAAAUAAUUCAUACCGUAAACGUGUGCAGUAAAAAAUGCAGAAAAACAAAAUACCAAAAAAGAAAACACUCAAAAGCGACUCAGAAAAAGCAUAUAGUUAAGAAGAAUUACGAGAAUGUAACAAUGUGUGGUGGACAUUGGAAAAGGCGCGUGACGGUAUGAGAACCGCCCCGAGGAGUGGAACGAGAAUGGAUGAUAAUAAAUCUAAACGAUGAAUA